UCUACUUUGGAUUAUUCAACCGCUUGUAACAUCCUCAUCGCGUCUUGCAGAAGACCUUAUGCCUUCAGCCGUUGGCUAUAUCGUGCUAUUUAUUUCACUAUCCAAGUCUCUGGACACGUCCAAUACUACGUACUUGAGAUUAUACAAGACACGUACCUGUCUGACUGAACAAUUUAACGUACGAUCAUUCAGAAGACUUAUAAUAUACAACGAGGGCCAAGCACAGUUCAGUUUGUUUCUCGAUAUUCACUGUGCAAGAAGUGGACUGUGUGUGAAUCCGAUUGAUGUGAUUAACUGAACCUAGUCCAUUUGGAGUUCUGAAUUUUGUGCUGCUUACGUCAAUAUGACGGUUGGAAGUGAAGGACAUCCUACAGAUGAAUCAUCCGGUUUCAAACCCAGGGAUUUCACAGUGUUUUGGAAAUGUCCUGAUACUGGUUUCUUUCUGGUAGCUAUUGGGAUCUUGUGUGGAGUAUGGAUGUCAAUGAAAAUGCAAGAAUGGCUUCAAAAGCAACUGAAACUGCUUAAAUUGGGGUUGAAAUUACGCGGACCACCAGCUCUACCGUUCAUUGGGAACGCGCUUCAAUUUGCGUGCAGCCCCGAAGAAAUACUGGAUCGGAUCGUCGACCUGUGCAAGCACUACGAUUCGCCGUUCCGAUUUUGGCUUGGACCGAAACUUUUUGUCAUUCUCACAAAGCCCUGUGACAUAGAAGUGAUACUUGGCAGUCCUAAAGCAGCGUACAAAGAUCUAGUUUACCGUUUUUUUCAGCCCUUUAUUGGGCGUGGGCUUAUAUCAGGUUCAGGACCAACGCAGAGGACACAUCGCAAAUUAAUCAUGCCGAUGCUGAAUGCAAAGGUGUUGGACGAGUACGUUGAAUACUUUGUUCAUCACAGUGAAUACUGUGUCAAUCGUCUGGAGGAGCUUGUUGACACUGAAGAGUUCGACAUUUAUCCUUUCUUGGAACAUUGCACAAUCGACAUUAUACUAGAUACCAUCAUGGGAGCUUCUGGAACGUCGCAACAAGGAGGAUAUCAGCAGUUGGCCGAGGCGUCUAGAAAGAUUUACGAUUUGGUAUACCCACGAAUGACGAAGCUGUGGUUGCACCCAGAUUGGAUCUACGGUUGGACUGACUAUGGCGAGCAAACUGUUACAGCAGCUGAAAUAGUUCAUAGUUUCACGGAGAGCCUUAUCGUUCGCAAGCGGAAGGAACACCACGCCUUGGAAAGAGGCUCUGUUUUAGCGAGUCGACCCCGCUUGAUGCUCCUCGAACAACUCAUCGCCCACGUGGAGAAAACCAGCGUCAUGAAUGACGAAAAGCUCAGAGAUGAGAUAUACACCGUUUUUCUUGCCGCACAAGACACAUCAGCUGUUAUCAGUUCUUUCGUGUUCCUGAUGCUAGGGAUGCAUCAGAGUAUUCAGGACAAGGUGCGAACAGAGUUGCAUGAGGUCCUGGGCGAGGGCAGUGUGACGGCGGAAAACAUCCACGACUUGAAGUAUGUCGAGAUGGUCGUCAAGGAGACACUCCGUUUAUUCCCCAUAGCACCGUUGAUGGUGCGGGAAUUGAAGGGUGAUGUAGAACUUCAGACAAUGACAUUGCUGGAAGGAUGUUCAGUCAUCAUGGUACCGUACAUGACGCAUCGUGAUCCGAACCACUGGGCGAAUCCGGAUGAAUUUGAUCCAGACAGAUUCGCAUCAGAAAACUCGGUGGGCAGGCACUCCUGUGCUUAUGUACCGUUUAGCGGUGGUCUGAGAGGAUGCAUUGGUCAAAAAUACGCCAUAAUGUGUUUGAAGACAGUUGUGGCCAAUGUUGUUAGGAGAUUCCGAUUGAGUUGCAAAAAAUCUUUGCAUGAGCUCAGGUUGAAGACAGACAUCUCCAUUCGGUCCAUUGACGGUUAUAAAGUAUCCAUCACUCAUGCGUAAGGUCGUCGAUUCUUCGACUCGUUUGCCAGAGAUAAACGAAUCGCCACAGACUCGAGGCUCUUUGGAAAGAUGCUCGAUGACGAGCACAGCAUUCCAUUUUCCUAAGUCUCGAGAAAAAUGAUCCAUGUCAUUAAAAAAUUCGUUAUUCUUCAUAAUUACAUCGUGCAUGCAUAUUUGAUAUGAAAACUAAUGUAGACGAAUGUAAAUUGUCAUAUUCUUGAUGUAUUAUAUGCAUACAAGAAUAUGUUAACGUAGCUUGAAUUAUUAAUAGACGAAAAGAUAAGAAUGAAUAUAGCUACAAUUUGCCGUACGUGCCAUAAAGUUUAGAAUAAAAAUUUCAUAUUCAAAUCUGCCAAAAUUAUAGUAUUCCGCUGAAUUGUUAUGUAUGCGAAAUGACAUCUAUGAUUAAUAAACAAAUAAGAAUCAAAAUUAACGGCAUUAAAAUUCAAAUUCGUAACCCAUUAUCUUGUCUUAGCGCUUUGAUUGGAUAAUUGUCACGUGUAAAUGAUCAAGAUUCUUUUCUACACUCAGUUUAUCGGGUAUUCAACGCUAAACUCGAUGCAGAUCUAUUGCGCAAUUCGUGAUGGAUGUCGGCUAUGAUUAAUGUGUUCCACACUAAAAACAUUAAUUAUUUACGGACACGGAUUUGAUCAAGUGUCAGUAAUAUGUCGGCUGUAAUGAGUGGGGGUAGAAAAUCAGAAAAACCGAAAAUCAGCAUGGCCAGACUUCCGAAUAUAAAAGUAUCGCAAAUUCACAACAUAGAGAGAACAAAGUGUGAAAUCUCAUCAAGUCAGAAAUAAUACAGAUAGAUUAUAAAAGUAGCGAAAUUUGAAGUUAUGCAAUUUAGAAUACACAACUGGUGAAAAUUCCGA